AUGGAGACGGCAGGUUCAAAUAGUGACUUUCGCGCAACUAUUUUACAACGUCUGCAACGUCGAAAUCUUAUUUGUGGUCAAUUUGAAACUGUAUUUAAUUCUUACAAUGAGCUAACCGAUUACGUAUCUCAUUUCGCACGAAAUCGUCCGUUUCGAUCGAGUCCAGUCAAUGAAGAGACAGGAAAUGAUGCUAAAAUUGCUGAGUUGGAAUCGUUGCUGACGGAAUUGUACCGUAAAAAAGAGCAAAAUGAUCAGCAGUUGAUUGAGACGAAUAAUCGACUAUCAGAAUUGCGUCGUGAAUAUGAAGCGCAAAUUAUUCUGAAGGACGAAUUACUGAAGGAGAAUCAAAUUCUGAAGAAGGAAUUAAAACAAAAGAUCACUUUAAUAGACGAGAUCACCUCUGAUAAACUGCUUCUGAAAGACGAAUUUUUCGCACUGCAGGCAAGUUAUUCGAGUAUCGAAGAAAAGUGUCGACACGCAGAAGAGGAACGUGAUGAUUACAUCAAGAGACUGAAGGAGCUGAAAGAAAAACAAAUUAUGUUUUUCAAUGAACAAAAUGAGAAAGAGAAUGAAGAGCGCCGACGUCGGAUGCAAUCGGAUAUUGAGGCGGCUGUGAACAAUAUUCCACCUACCGUAGAUGAUAAAGCUUUCGAGAUAAUUGGUGUUACGAAUGAUCAAGCAGCGAAUGAAUUCAUCGGUGACAUCAUUCCACUGAAAUGCUCGUCUAAAUUCGAGAGUCACGAUGGCGAAGUGAACGAUGUUUUGUGGUUUCCAACAGGGCAGUUCUUUGCAACGGGUGGUAGUGAUCGGAAAGUUCGCUUGUACGAGUUACAAAGCGAUAAACAUGAGAAGAAGGCUACAUUGACGGGCUGUAACGGUGCUGUGAUGCGAAUUGAUUUCAAUCUAGAAACGCAUCAAGUAUUAGCCGCAGGUGCUGAUUUUGCGAUUCGUAUUUGGGGUGUUGACGAUUAUCGUUCGAAGCAUUCUUUAACGGGUCAUGGUGAUAAAGUAUCAUCAGCUAAAUUUUACGCUGGAGGUUUGAAAGUUGUUUCUGGAUCACAUGAUCGCACCAUCAAAAUAUGGGAUCUUAAUACUCGAAAAUGUAUGAUAUCUUCGUUCCGUUCAGGUGCUAAAACAUUCUUUCCUGGUUCAACGGUAUUGGAUAUAGCAUCAAAUGACCGACAGUGUGGUAUGAUAUUGAGUGGUCAUUUUGAUAAGAAGAUACGCGUUUGGGAUACACGCUGCGAUGAACCCGUACAACUGAUACAGCUGGGCGGAAAGGUGACAUCGCUGGAUAUAUCGUCAGAUGGAGUCUAUUCACUUUGUUCAUCUCGCGAUGAAAUGUUAUCGCUGAUCGACUUACGUACCUUUCAAAUCGUUCACAUAUACAGUGCAGAGCAGUACCGUACGUCCUACGACUACAGUCGUUGCGUGAUCAGUCCCGGUAUGGAGUACUGCGCUGCAGGAUCAGCGGAUGAAAUGUAUGAGUAUAUUUAUGAUUUCAUACGCAAAAUUUUGUCACGAAAUUAUUCCAAUUGCAGUCGGCCAGUACUGUCGCUGUCGUGGCAUCCAAAAGGACAUAUGCUACUUUCGUGCGAUAAGCACAAAACUGUUUGUUUGUGGUCUUCAUGA